GGGCGCUUUGGGUGCUGUACGUCAAUUUCGCUGAGUUGCUAGCUUUCGUCUUGCCAUCUCCUUUGAGGCCAAUUCACGAUGCUCAUUUUCUCCGUCUUCAAAACGUUAACAGACCAGACGGUGACGGUGGAACUCAAAAAUGAUCUCUCCAUAACCGGCGUCUUGAAGUCUGUAGAUCAGUUUUUGAACAUCCGACUGGAUUCAAUCAAAGUUCUGGAUGAAGCAAGACAUCCUCAUAUGAUGGCAGUAAAGAACUGCUUCAUUCGAGGCUCUGUCGUUCGUUACGUCCAGCUCCCAGCCGAGCAUGUAGAUACUCAACUUCUUGAAGAUGCUACGCGCCGUGAGGCCGCCAGUGGUAAACGAUAGUAGUAAUGCUCUGGUCGUGCAGUUUUAUUCCUCGCUUGUUGUCGUUGGGAUACCCUAACACUUUGGAGCCGAUUCGAGCGUGCGCAUGUGUACAGUACAACUCAAUUGAAUAUGACGCUCUCAUCCUCAGGGGUUCAGUCUCCCGGGAUAAAUACUGUACAAUUUUGGGCAACA